CAAGUUUCCUUGAUCUGGUGCUACUGGCAAUGUUUGUGUGCGGAGUUGCCUAGGUCCCGCUUUGAGCCCCUGAGUAGUUCAAUUGACACCGCACAUGCCGGUCCAAGACCUUUUGAUUGGGGUUGAUGCUGUCAACGGCGUCCUUGUGGUUUGUUGAGGGGGUUGUGCAAGUGAUGUCUGUGUUGCCUUGGACCCUUUCUAUUUCAUGAUCAAAUACAGCACCCACUGCUCAACUCCAUCUCCCUCAUUCCCUUCUUCUCAUCAAACAAUCACGACAAACCCCCCAAGAGCAAUCAUGUCCUCCAAGCUAAUACCAAACACGACCCAAGACGCCGACACAGACAACUCGUACGUCUCCCGGCCAGGUCACAAGCACGAGCCAGUGCAGGUCAUCGCCGACGAGCAAGCCAGGGACGAGGUGAAAAACAACAACCAGACCAACAACACAAGCAGUGAUCAACUCGACAAACAAGCCAUCGACCAAUCCAACAUCAUCUUCAGCACCAAACCCGUCACCCGCGGCGCAGCCCCCCCAAAGGGGGCCUACAAAGAGCCCACCGACACCGAGGGCCUGCCGAGGAAUGAUGGGCGGAGCUCUGUCUAGAACACAUCUCUACCUAUCUUAGCUUAAAGUUCCCAAAGAAUUCAAACCUUUUCCUCUCAA